GCUUGCUUUCGCGUCCCACGUGUGCCUGUCACCGUGUCCGAAUACUUGAUCCGUCCUCUCGUUACUUCUAUUCGUUUUGUUUAACAAUCAAGAAACAGUGUCUUUUUCUUCUACUUCUUCUCCUUCCUCUUCUUCUUCUUCUUCUUCUGCAUCGUGGACCGUGAAUAUCAGAGUUUCGUACGUGUCAAAGGAAAAUAAGAGUGACGAUUCCCCCACGUUAAACAGAAAAUAAUUACUGAUUGAAAUUGAAAUAAUUAUUCGGUGAAUUAACGCUUUAUCUGCGGGUCCAUGGAUGCUCUGUGCUUUCAGUUCCGACAAUCCACGCCAUAUGUGUUAAUGAAUCAAAUCAAAUUGUCUCUGUUCAUUGAUAUUAUUUGGUAGUUUGAUACAUUAAUACGAGUAUGGUUUAACAUUGGGAAGUAUAUUAACUUCAUCGAAAGCAAUGACUGGCAUGUAAAUAUACAGUGCCCGCGGAUAAAGAGUUAAAAAGCAACGAAUCAAAGAAAAUCAAUCGGGGAAAUGAGACCGAGGAAAGUGAACAACGGAGGCAUCUCCAAUUCGAUUUACGUAUCGAACACGAAGAGCGGAACGAAGACGCGUGAAAGAUGUACGUAACGAAGCUAGCGUUCAGCAGAACGGAGAUUUUUCACGCGUGGCCCGAGAUCGUCUACAAAAACGGAUCAGCUUGAGGAGGACGAAGAGGAGCGUCUUCUGGUCGAAGAGCAUCCUGUACGAACGAAGUCGACCGUACGUCGGAAACGUUCGAAAAUGCCUCUGAUGCUGAAGAUGAUCGACGUGUUCGGAUCCCUGCGAUCACUGUUCAAAGUACAGAGGAUCUCGGAGGACACGAUUAUUUUUCGGCUGCAUUACCGCGCCACCGUUGCGCUUCUUCUCGGCGGCUGCGUCACGCUGGCCUGCAAGAGCAUAUCCGGCUCGCCGAUCCACUGCGAGGCCUCCGGUUCCGUCGACAAGGUCGUUCUGGAGACUUUCUGCUGGCUUCACACCACCUACAGCAUGGUGCACGCGUUCAACAAGAGCCUAGGCCAGGCGGUCCCCUAUCCGGGCGUGUCGAACAGCAAAGGUGUUGGCCUGCACGGCCACACGUCCCAUCCAUUGGUCAAACAGCACAAGUAUUAUCAGUGGGUCAUCUUCUUUCUGCUACUCCAAGCGAUUCUCUUUUACACACCUCGAUGGCUCUGGAAAGGCUGGGAGGGUGGCAAAAUUCACGCCCUGAUGAUGGACCUCGACAUCGGCCUCUGUUCCGAGGUCGAGAAGAAGCAGAAGAAAAAGAUGUUGCUCGAUUAUCUCUGGGAGAAUCUUCGCUUUCACAAUUGGUGGGCUUACAGGUACUACCUCUGCGAAGUUCUCGCCCUGGUGAAUGUGGUCGGUCAAAUGUUCCUGAUGAACCGUUUCUUCGAUGGUGCCUUUUUGACGUUCGGUAUCGACGUGCUCAGGUUCCUGGAAUCGGAUCAGGAGGACCGGGUUGAUCCGAUGAUUUACGUGUUUCCACGGAUGACAAAGUGUACAUUCUACAAAUAUGGUGUCAGCGGCGAAGUGGAAAGACACGACGCUGUCUGCAUAUUACCUUUAAACGUAGUCAACGAGAAGAUAUACGUUUUCCUUUGGUUUUGGUUCCUCUUUCUUGGCGUGCUUAGCUUCAUCACGGUUUUGUACAGGAUCGUAAUUAUAUUCUCGCCGCGGACGAGGGUCUACCUUCUGCGAUUACGGUUUCGCCUGGUCCGCCGAGAAGCAAUCGAGACGAUCGUCCGGCGGAGCAAAGUGGGCGACUGGUUUCUCCUGUACAUGCUCGGGGAGAAUUUGGACACGGUGAUAUACAGGGACGUGAUGCACGAGCUGGCGAACAAGCUCGCGUCCAGGCACCACCAUAGCGUGCCGGGGAUCAAAGGGGAGCUGCAGGAGGCCUGAUCGAAAUUGCCUCGGAGAGCCAUGAAAAUCGAGAGGAUUCCCCUGGCGAGGAGGAGGUGUCCCGACGAAAACCGGGAGCGCGGAGGAAUGCCAAAGACGGAGACCCGAGGACGGGUUCCGGAACGGGACGGAUCGCAUUUUAUUUACUACUACGAAGCGUGUGUUUUUCCUUCUGUUUUUUUAAUGCUUCGCCGCAUUUCGAUAGCCCGCUGGAACGUCGGCGAACGUUAAUCGUUACUCGCGUAAAAGACAAAACGAACGAUUUCGAUCGCGCAUUUAUUCGUCCGUGUAGUCCGGGUCUAACUGGCUCGCGAGGUAUUCAACUCUUCGAAUGGACUACAGUAUUCUCACGAUUAAUAUAUACCCGGUCCGAUCUGCAGGAUUCAUGCUCGGUAGUUAUCCCCGUCGCUGAGGGGCGAGUCCAAGAAAUUCGAGCAAUUGUACUAUGAUACACUGUUUAGCACUAAAACUACUGAGCAGUUACAUUGGUUUUUUGAAAUUUCUCUAUAGAAACUCUAAGAGUGCAUCUAUGGAAACUUUCAUUGAUUUACUAUUCAAUUUACGUAUUGUUAAAUCAAUUUCUUUAAUAAUUUUUUAGAGAAACAUCUGUUAUCUUUUUAGUAAUUGCAAAAAGAAGAAGUCUGGAAAGGGAAAUUUUGAUCUAUCUAGUAGUUUUAGUGUUGAAGAAAUACAUAAUGAUUCAAUAGCAAUCAUUUUUUGUUUUCUGUGAAUUGACAAUAAAGGAAAUAGAAGGAAGAGAAGACGGGAAGUAAAGAAGUCAAAAGGCAACGCGUUGUUAACAGAAAUGGGAAAUAUACCCAUUCGGUUAGGUAUGUCUUAACAUUAGAACUACCGAUCAUUUCAUACGAUUAAUACGCAAUCUUUAUAAAAAUUGUAACAAUAGAUUAUUUUCAGUUUCUUUAGAUAUCCAUUAUAACAUUCAAGUGAAAUUGUUUAUAUUCAAGAUCGUUUCGAAUAUUCAAUGCUUUUAAGAUAUCAGUAAUUGCGAGACAAAGACAUCGAAAUCAGUCAUUUUGACUGGCACGGUAGUUCUAAUGUUAAUACAAUUAUAAAACUUUUUUAUACCGGGGUCUUUGCAAAUGGAACUUUUACUAAUGCAUUUGUGAGAUUCUUCUGAUUAAAACGAGGCCAAACAUGACAUACAUUAAGUCACAGUUUACUAGAAGAAAAUAGAUUAUUGUAAUUUAUUGAACGUAUAAAUAUGUUCCAAAAUAUAUCGUGCCUGGUCUGGUUUUAGUCAGAAAAAGCUUACAGUUCAUUUUGUAAAAGUUUCAAUUGAUAUAAGUGGAAAAUAAAAAAGUUUAACACCGCUCAAUGCGACCUUAAUUAGUAUCCCCUCAUUCGUUUCUUCCUUUUGAUCGUUCCGAAGCUCGGGCGUCUCGCUAUUUCAUUUCCGCUAUCCUUCUCUUCGGAGAACAAAUAGAGGGGCUCGGCUCAGAUCUUACCUCGACUUCGAAUCAACACCACUGCACGAUUAGUACCUGGUUGCAAUCCCGAUUUUCGGCUACUAAUCGCGAGAAUACUGUAUCCUACAACGAAUUAGGCGAGGCAACGAUUUCGCACGGGCAAGGCGAGAAAAUGGUCGCGCCAGUAAAUCGAGUUGAUCGGAUCCUUCGAAGCCAUUCUUUUCGGGAACCGAAAAUAAGAGUUAUUUAACCUGUUAACUGUGGAAUUUAGUUUCAAAAUAAUAAAAGAUAUAAUAAAUAAAAUAUAAAAAUGAAGUGUGUACUCGUUAAACGCACGACGAAUGCACAUAGGUUGUACUUUAAUGAAAAACCAAAGUAAAACAAAGAAGAGUGACAUGUUUAUAUAAAAGUAUUAAGAAUUCAUCGUUGAAGGAAUUAGUAGCGUUUCAAGCUUUAAGAUAACGUGUAUACUCGUCAAACGCAGUUAACUUGUUAAAAAAUGUUUGUGAGAAGAAUUAGUAACCGAGAUUCAUUUAUUAUUGAAGUUAGGGUAUUAAUGCUUAACUGGUUGUUUGGGUAAAAAUAUUCAUUUAAAAGAAUUACGUAAAGGCGGAUAUUAACCCGUUUGCAUCGCAAGUGAAUAAUUUAAUUAUUCAACUAAAGUCAGAUUGACAUGUGGUCUUAUUUUUUUAAUACUUAAGACUUCGAUACAUCAUUCAGUUUUUUAAAAUUGUCGACCGUUAAGGGUUAAUACUUUUUUAGACUUUGUUGUAGAUUGAAGUUAUUUCUAAGUUAUUAACACUAGACUGACCGGUUUUCAAAUCUGAUUGAACAUUCUGCGUUUUCGUACGUCCAUUUAACUUUAUUGCAAUUUCUAUAUGAUUCGAUUAAUCAUUUUUCUGCGUUUUUUUCUCUCCUUUUAUAAUAUCUCUAUUUACACUAAGAAAAAUCGAUCGUUUAACACAUUGACUGCCACGAAAAACAUCAGCGUUUUAUGUAUUAUUUUUUAUUUAUAUAGAAAAGGUAAAAAGGAAGAAUUAUUAAUUAUUUGCUAUCACAAUUUUUACGUUACACUAUUAUCUAGUUGUUUACGUUACUGAACAUUUUUAUUCGACGUCAGUUAUCUUACAAGUUACAAGUUAUAAUUAUUUUCUUGUAAUUUACGUGUUAACUUGUUUACUUUUAUUUUGUAAUUAGUUAUUCAAAUGGUUAGUUUAAAAAUAGGCGUGUACAAAAUGCCGGUACGUUUAGUGUUCAUUGUAACGUUCAUUAUAAUUUCUUUAUGGAUUUGUAUAUUAAGUCGAUAAUAGAAGGUUUUUUCUGGCAUAGAUCAUAUGAUAAUUGAAUUCAUACUCCACCUCUUCUUUCUGCAAACUUAGAAAAUACUGUCAGCCGUCAACGAAAAUUCUCUUACUUAACCACCUACCGGUUAAGCGUUAAUCAGGAAAUCUAGGGAAAAUUUUUCAAAAGACCGUAUGAAGUAAAAAUUAUACGUUUUUGUUACAAAUAAGAAUUGUAAGUGUUCGAACAUUUCUUCAAUCACCGAUAACCAUUAUUGAUGAAGUUUAUUGAGGCUGUUUAUAACACAGUUUUUGGUGAAAGAAGUUUUGUACUUCAGUUGCUUGUAAUAGCGUGAAGUGUUGUUUUAUAUUUGGCCAAAGCAAUAACGUAUUUCAAAUGUAGGUUAAAACUGUGUCCCUGUUGCUUUGAAGGAAAGGGAUAACUACAGGCAAACACGACAGUGCCUUGUUUAUAUGUUUACAUAUCCUACUAUGUAAUAAUUAAACUAAAGUACAAUUUCUCUCAUCGAUCAACUGUUAUCAGUGACCAAAAUAAAUUUUCUUGUCAGUAAUUAUGUUUAGAACAAUGAAAAUAAAUUUCUUUUGUCAGUAAUAGCUGUCGGCAAAGAAAACAAUUUUCUGUCACUUAUAAUGAUUAUUUGUCAACGAAAACAUUUUAGCUGAAGGAAUGAAUUUCGGUUUGGUUAUAAAAGUCAUAGUUUUUAUAUUCAUUAAAAAAUUGGGGCGUUUUAUGAGGGUGGACUGAAAAGUUUCGUUUCCAUUGUGAUAUUUUUAGUCAUAGUAGACAAAUUUAAGUUCUGACACGUGCUGUUUUUUUUUAAGAAAGUGUACAACUAUGCAAAUUUAAAAGAAAUGGGAGAUUUAAUAUUUUUGUUCAUGUAUUUGUAAUUGAUAGGAAACAAAAAAAUUUAUAUGGAAUAUUAAGAGGUAUUAUGACUGUAUAUUCAUUUUUUUUAUUACGUACAAUUACAAAAUAAUAAAGUUUUCUUGAAAUUGUACUAUUUACUAGACGAAAAAUAGAUUAUCUUCAAUUUAGCUUACUGUUCUUCUGAUACUUUAAUUUGUUGAAUUUCUGUAAACAUUUAAAAUUAAUUUUUCGUGGCGAGAAACAACGAACAAUGAAAUAAUUGAAGAAUAAGUAGAAAACUGAUAUGGCUGAAUAUAAAGUAAGACACUGUUAAUAAACUCUAUUUUUGAACAAUAAAAACUGUAAUACAUGAAUAAUAUACAGCAAAGGCAUCCCUUAUAUUCCUUACAAAAAUUGUUCGUUCUUAACAAUUACACAUACAUGAAAAAAAUGUUGAAAUUACCUAUUUUUUAGGCUUCCAUGGUUACCACUUUAAGAUUUCUAUAGUUUGCCCAAUGCAACGAAACCGUAGUGAAAAACAAAAAUAUGUGACAAAUGAAUAAAGCGCGAUUGAGACGACCAAUCGUCGUGCUUAGCUUGUUAAUAUUUUGUUUAUGUCCACUGUCUCGUCUCAUUGGAUAAACUAUAGUUAGUGUAUACCCGUUCCUCCAUUUACGCAGAGUAUCUAUUCCAUGUGAAUUCAUUUUACACGAAUAAAAAUCACGUAAAUAGAGUCUGUCAAUACAAAAGGACACAAAAUAUUGGAAAAGAAAACUGGCAUAAAUUUUAGAUACACGUAUUUAUUUUAUAUGGCUUAACAAAAAGAAGUAAUAUUGAUGUUUCGUAAAUCAGAAAAAGAAUAUUAAUAAUAAUUGGGAAAACAAAAAAAUAAUGACAAUGAUACUUUAGAAAACAAAGAAAUAAUAAGAAUUGUAUUUCUGAAAACAAUAGAGUAAUUAUAAUAACGUUUCAGAAAACAAGAAAAAUAAUAAUGAUGGCACUUAAAAAAAACGAAAGUGACCUUUAUUCGGUACCGCUAAAGUCAGAUCACGUAAAUCAAUAGCAUGUAAACAAUACCACGUAAAUAUUAUUAUAAUCUACCGCGUGAAAAAGUGUCGCGUAAAUGGAAGGAGAAUGUAGUUUGUUAUAAAUGCAUGUUCGAAAAUUCGGUUCAAACAACAUGUUGUUACAGAAUUCUUAUCCGCGAAGAAUAUUGAGAUACAUAGGCGAAAGCGAGCUGUUUACUUGUGACCAAUGUGUUAAUGUGAGUAAGACAAUGACAAAGCAAGUGAAGUCUGCCAUGAAGAAACGUUUUCGAGAAAUAGACGUUCACUUAUCACGCACGGAUUACGAAGACUAGUGCAGUGUUCGCGGAAAUGUUUCGCGCAGGUGACGCCCAUGCGGAAAAAUAAAAAUGUAACUUGAAAAGCAAAGAAUAAAGGUAACUUUCUUUUUACCGUUGUUUCACAGAAACACGUCUUCUCGUUCGUUUUUCUAUUUAAUUGAAGCCGAAAGUUCUCAGCCCACCCUCGCACUUCGCGAAGACCAUUUUCUCGUGGGACACGUGUUACAUUGGCGAGGACGCGCUCGCAGCUAGAACCAAUGUAUUUUCUUUCAUAAAGACUGUGCCAACGCAAACGAACCCGCGUGUAACUUUUA